AUGCAGUCUCUGCUUACAGUUCCAAGCCAAGCUGUGGCAUACUAUCCCCCCGACAUCCGGGCUAAGUUUCCCGAGAUGUUCACCAACACAGGGCUGUCAUCACAGAAGGCUCAGUAUGCAGAUAUUGAAUACGAAUUUAACGAGAAGAAGUUCCUGGCUCGCGCAGCUGCUCAUGCCGAGGCUGGGGGACUCAAGACAGACCUCCCACGGGGCUGGCCAAAGACGUUGAAUGUCAAUGUGCUGAACCAUUCGGAUGAGGUUCAGCAUGUGAAUUCUAGGAUUCAAAUGCCAUUCCAUACGGAUCUUGUUUGUGACACUAUUGCUCUGCUCACCGUGUCGUGUGGAGAUGGUGGAGGGGAUGGAUAUAUAGCAUCGGCCUGGACUGUCUACAACGAGCUGGCCGCAACCCGGCCCGACUUGAUUAAUGUCCUCGCGGAGCCCAACUGGCCCUUCGACACUAACGGACGUGACCCGCCAUUUUUUGAGCGCGCCUUGCUGUACUUUGAAGACGGAAAGCUUCUAACCAACUUUUCUAAGCGGAGUCUUGUUGGCAAUGUGCCCCUCAGUCCUCGUAGCCCUGGAAUCCCGGGUUUAACCGAGGCUCAGGCCGAAGCCUUGGACGCGCUUCACGCCAUCGGUCGCCGGCAUGAACUAAAGCAGACCAUGGAGGAGGGCGACAUUCGCUUCAUCAACAAUCUGGCGCUCAUGCAUCGACGAAGUCCUUACCGCGACAGCAAGGAUAACUACCGGCAUCUCCUACGACUCUGGCUGCACAAUCCGUCUCUGUGCUGGAAGCUGCCGAUGGACUUGCAAUUGGCUUGGGAGAGGACAUUUAGAGACGAAAGUCGUGAUGAAAAAUGGCACUUUGCUAAGAUCGAGAGUCCAGACCCUCCUUCGCCAGGCCCUCCUUCGCCAGACCCAACCUACAUGUGCGACUGA